ACGUGGCGUAAUUGAAACCCAUUUGUGUGGGUCUCGUCCUUUCAUCUUUCUGCAUCAUUUCAGCAUUUCCAUCAAUGAAAUUCUUAAUACUGUUGGCUGGAAUUUCUUUCAUUUUUUACUUCUGAAAUUAUUAUCGGAAGUUGCAUAUUCACAGGUCAUGCAGAACUGGCGCUAUGACGACAGGAAGAGACUAACGGUAGUGAGCUGGGAGUUGAUCUGAUGGGGAAGCUGAGCAGUCAGAAUUCACUUAGUGCGGACUGAUGCCAUUUUAUAGCCUACGUUUGUUAACUGUUACUAAACGUAGGUUAGCAAGUCUGUCAAAUUACAAAACAAUAUAGCAUGUUUCGAAAAAGGAAGGAUUUAUCCAAGACCCCCUCAGUGUCCAAGAAGGGUAACACAGGAAAUCCUGGACUUCACAGCCCCUCUGAGCAGUCAAACAGAGAUGGAGUGGAUGGUCUUCCGGCUGUGGCAGGGGUUCUGGACACAGUCUCCAUGUCGUGCCCAGGCACCCCGUCUAUCCUGCACAGCAAGCUAGUGAGCUGCCCAUCCCCGGUGGCCACCCUGAGGCGGCCCACGGCCCUGAGCAGGCAUGCCAGUGCUGCAGGCUUCCCCAUGCAGACCGCCGGUGCCUGGGGCUUCAGUAAAGGGCACAGCCGUGGGGUGGCCCACAGCCCCACAACGGAGACCUCGGAGGGGGCUGCCAUCGAGGUCGAGGACAUUCCGCCCUUACUGCGCGAUGUAGCACGCUUCGCUGAGGCUGUGGAGAAGCUGAAGGAUGUGGUGCUUGGGGAAGAUAAGGACGAGUCAAGGCGUGAGUUGGCACAUGAGUGCCUAGGUGAGGUGUUGCGUGUUCUGCGCCAGGUCAUCGGUACCUACCCACUGCUCAACACUGUGGAGACCCUCACAGCAGCUGGGACACUCAUCUCCAAGGUCAAAGGGUUCCACUAUGAGGCCAGCAACGAAGCAGAGAAGAAGGACUUUGAAAAGGCCAUCGAGACCAUCGCGGUUGCCUUCAGCAGCAAUGUAUCUGAGUUGCUGAUGGGGGAGGUGGAUAGCAGCACCCUCCUCUCUCUACCUCCUGCAGAUAAGAGCAGGUCAAUGGAGAACCUGUAUGGGGGAUUUCCUGGCCAGGGGUCGGACAUGCCGAGAAAUGACCAGCAGGAGUGCUUAAUGAGUGCAGAGCAGGUGGAUGUACUGCUGCAGCGGAGUGAGGGGGGGGUAGACUCGGCCCUCUCCUACGCUAAGAGCAUCGCUAAGUACCUGAAGGAUGUUAUCAGCUAUGUGGACAAGAGAAUCACACACGAACUGGACUUUGCCAGGAAGAUGCAUAGUCUCUACCAUACCUGCAGGGAUAGUCUCACAAAACCCCACAUGCCACUCUUCUCCAUCUACUCUUUGGCUCUGGAGCAGGACCUGGAGCAGAGCAAUGGAGUACAGCAGGCCACUGGCAGCAUGCACACACAGACCUUCAUACAGCCUCUGUUGCAGCGCAAGCAGGAACAUGAGAAGAAACGUAGAGAGAUUAAAGAACAAUGGCAGAGGGCCAAGAGGAAGCUGGUGGAGGCUGAGAACAACCUGCGCAAGGCCAAGCAGGCCUAUGUGGCGCGCUGUGAGGAGUAUGACAAGGCGCGCAGCGUGGCCAACAAGGUGGAGGAGGAGCAGAGUGGCUCCGCCACCAAAGCCCUCGAAAAGAAGAGACGAUUAGAGGAGGAAGCACGCAACAAGGCUGAGGAGGCGGAGGCCACAUACCGUACGUGCAUCGCUGACGCCAGCACACACCAGCAGGAGCUGGAAGACGUGAAGGUGAACGUGCUGCGGCAGAUCCAGGACCUCAUCAAACAGACCGACCAGACUCUGCGCACUUGCACUAUUUACUACUACCAGAUCAUGCACAUGCAGACAGCCGCAUUGCCAGUGCAUUACCAGACCCUGUGUGAGAGCUGCAAGCUGUACGACCCCGGCCAGCAGUACGCGGCCCACGUGAAGAACCUGACCCUCAGCCAGGAGCCGCCCACCACCUACGAGUUUGAGCCCUACUCCGCCGCCAGCCAAAGUUCAACACGGGUUCGAAGCAACAGCAGUUCUGACUAUACCCCAACUCCAGGGGAAAUGGGAUCUGGAGAUAUGGGCAAACAGAGGAGAGGCCGAGACCACCAAUCCCAUAAGUCCUGGCCCUCUACACUGAGUGACACAGACAGUGUGGGUGGGGGCAGUGGCCUGGGAUCCCCCACCACCAGCACAGGUGACAUCACUAAAGCCCAAAGACCUGUUUCUGCGGGAACCCUGUCAUCCAACGAAGAUCCCGAUGAGGGGGAUGGAAAUGUGACCUCUUACGGACAAAGCAUGAACGGGAUGGAACCGGAGAUUGCCGUCCCCACUGGACCUUUCCGGAACGUAGGGCUCUCCAAGGCAGCAAAGACACAUCGGCUGCGCAAGCUGCGGACUCCGUCCAAGUGCAGAGAGUGCGACAGCUACGUGUACUUCCAGGGAGCGGAGUGUGAGGAGUGCUUCCUGGCCUGCCAUAAGAAGUGCCUGGAGUCCCUGGCCAUCCAGUGUGGUCACAAGAAGCUGCAGGGCCGUCUCCAGCUGUUUGGCCGUGACUUCUCCAGCGUGCUCCAGGGCAGUUCGGAUGGCAUUCCUUUCAUCAUCAAGAAGUGCAUCCAAGAGAUCGAGAAGAGGGCACUGAAGAUGAAGGUGAGCCAUGUACACCAUGUCCUCUUCACAGACAAAGUCGAGGCCUAUAAAGCACGCGUCAUCCUGCAGGACAUCUGGGAGGUGACCGACCACUUCUGCCUGUAG